AUGUUCUUUACUACAUAUUUACUCAUACGUCUCAUACAUUGGUUAAAUUAUAUCUUCAGACAGUUGUCGGACUUGAUUAUUGGAACUGUUCUUGAGCCCAAAUUUGAUUUAGCUUUGGUCACUGGUGGCUGCUCAGGUUUGGGAAAGGAAUUUGUGUUGCAACUUGUAAACAAAAACGUCAAAGUGGUGGUGCUUGAUAUUGUAAUUCCGCUAGAGGAGGAUAGAAUGUCGGGAGUCGCCUACUUCAAAUGCGAUGUAAGCAAGAGAGAGCUGGUUUUGGAAGUUCAAAAAGAGGUCGAAUUGUCUACCGGAACAGUCACUAUUUUAAUAAAUAAUGCUGCAAUUGCAACUGGGAAACCAUUGUUGGAUCUAUCGUUUCAGGAAAUUGAGAGAACCAUUCAGACAAAUCUCAUGUCAAGCUUUUACACGAUAAAAGCAUACCUACCAAGUAUGAUUCUGAUUGAGCGUGGAUACAUCGUGACAAUAGCAUCGGUUUUGGGGUACAUGUCACCGGCCAGACUAAGCGCAUAUGGAGCUUCCAAAUCAGGCCUUAUUGCGUUGCAUGAGUCACUUACUUAUGAACUUGGAUCACCUACAUUUAUCUCAAAUGGGAUCAAAACGUUACUUGUGUGUCCGGGACAAAUUAGUACAACUAUGUUUAAGGGAGUUAGAACACCUACACAAAUCUUUGCACCGGAACUAGAUCCAAAAUUUGUAGCCUCAUACGUUGUUCUGGCUAUUGAGCAAGGUAGAAGAGGUGAAAUCAAGUUACCGUUUUAUGGAAAGUUUCUUCCACUAUUCAGGGCAUUUCCGUGGCCAAUUGUUGCAUUGGCUCGAAAACUAUCAGGCAUUGAUGAAAGCAUGGCCAAUUUUAAAGCAAAAGUUUCCAGAGUGGCAAGUAGCGUAUCUUCAAUCAUUGGAAGGUCAAGGAAUGGCACAAAUAACAAUUCUCCAACAUUAUUAAGGGGUUCUUUAACAGCAUCGCCACAGGCAUCCAUUUCAUUAGAGAUUGGGGAAGAGAAUGCUAUAGAAAAGUGA